UUAUAAAAACAAAAUUUUUAUUGAUCAACUUGUAUGAGAAAUUUAAAACUAUUUUCAUCAAACAAAGGUGCAGCUUCUAGUACAUUUAAUCCAUCAGAGAGUUUUGCAUAUCCAAAUGCAAGUCAAAAAUCUGCAGAUACAAUAUAUGAGGGUGCAAGUUCUAGUACAUUAAUUCCAUCGGAGAGUUUCGCGAGUCAAAAUGAACGUCAAAAGUCAACAGAUACAAGUUAUGGUACAGUUUUCAAUACAUUUACUCCUUUGGAUUGUUUUGAAAGUCAAAAUGAAGGUCAAAAUUCUACAGAUAUUAGAUAUGGUGCAAGUUUCAGUAAAUUUACUCCAUCGGAGAGUUUUGCAAAGCAAAAUAAAGUUCAAAAAUAUGCAGAGAAAAGAUAUGGUGCAGGUUCCAGCACAUUUACUCCUUCGGAGUGUUUUGCAAGUCAAAAUGAACGUCAAAAAUCUACAGAUAUUAGAUAUGGUGCAAGUUCCAGUAAAUUUAUUUCAUCAGAGAGUUUGGCAAAGCAAAACAAAAGUCAAAAAUCUUCAAAUAUAGGACAUGGUGCAAGUUCUAAUACAUUUAUUUCAUCGGAGAGUUUUGCAAGUCAAAAUAAUCGUCAAAAGUCUACAGAUACAAGAUGUGGUGCAAAUUCCAGUACACUUACUACUUCGGAGUGUUUUGUAAGUCAAAUUGAUGCUCAACAAUCACCAGAUACUAGAUAUGACGUACAAACAAGAAGCAGAGGUACAAACAAGAAAGAAGGAAAAUUUACCAACCUGAAAUUGUGCCAGGUAUAUUUUAGAAUAAUAACUUAUGUAACAGGGUGAAACUAUUAAACAAAAGUAGAUAGACAGGUUGUUAUUAGUAUUUAUAGUAAUAGUUGUUAAUUAUAAAUGCAUAAAAUGAAAAUACUUUUGUUAAGUUUUUAAUGUAUUACAUUGUUAAACAAAACAUUUAUGUGUAAAUUUUUUAACUGGCAUAUGUUAUAGCUGAUUUAUUUUGACUGCAAAACAAAUUUCAGAAAGAAAAUAUCAUAAAUGGGUUUUGAAUGAGGAGACACAACUAAUACAACACUUUCAAAGUUAUAUUAAUAAAAAGUUAUAUUAACGAACGAAAGAACUAAAAUUCUGAACAAUAAAAAUCGUCGUUUGAAAGAUUUAAACAUGAUAGAGUAGAGCCCGUUCAAUUAUUUGUAACAUGACAAAAAUAGAUCCGUCAAACAGAACUUUUUUUAGAACAUAUUUCUGUAUAUUUCAAUAAUAAAACCUUUGAU